ACAUGGGUUAGUCAAUACAUUAAUGACAAGUAAAAAUUGCUUACCUAUCCAUUUGUUAUAUGUAUAUUUUCGGAACAAAAUGUGGCGACUCUCGGUAUAUAUUCUCUAAUUCCUAGUUUAUCUGCAUAGCUACAAACAGUUUAACUGAUUUUGAGUUUCGGUGGUUGAUACCUUAAUUGAGGAUCUGUUUCGUCAGGGCAGCAAACAAACGGAUCGUUUCUCUAAAAAAUCAUAAUGAGGUUUCACAAUGAUAACGACAUUACAUCCGAUGACGAAUGUUCCAACAGUUACGAGGAAGAUAAUGCAUUUAGUUUGGAAAAUACGCAUCAGGUUUCCGAAGAUGAUCAUGAAGAGGAACCUGAAUGGCUAUGCAUAGGCUAUUGUGAAACGUAUGCUGCAAAUGACCUUGAUAAUAUCGACGGCGGAAAUAAUUUUCUGAUUGAUUGUGAAGCAACUGCGUCGGGGUGUGAUAAGUUAGAUUUUGCAGGCAAUGGAUCAGAUACUACAUCCGAUACAGAUGGUAAUCGAUUGAUUGAUGGAGACGAAUCAAUAACUAACCCUCCAUCUGUGGAAUUACUAGUUUCAAAUAUGGUUGACUUUUGCCUAAACGAACCCACCAACUCAACAGAUGAAGACGUACAAAGUCUCGUUGUAGUUCCAACGAAUACUGUAGAAACAGAAGAAAACAGCACACCAAAUGAACGCGAUAAUGAUCCACUCAACUUCAGAGUAUUACAAUCCCCUCCAUGGAAGGACGAGUUCAAGUUAAACCAUAAACCUCUGAAUAGCUUUUUCGCCCCUCGCAAAACAGUAAACAAUGAGCAGAGUGAUCCGGUGGACUUUAACUUUCAACGUCCGAUGUGGAAGGAUGAUGUCCUACAAACACGUGACACAUCUACAUCAGAUCGACCAAAUUCGCAGAUACAAUCACCAACAACAGGAAGUUUAUUAGAGACAGGCAAGUUGUUCAGUCUAGAUAAAAUACAGUAUAUCAAACGCAAAUCAUUUCACAAUGCGAGCGAUGGUGUCCUAUUAUACUCAGGAAAAUUUUGCUCAGGCGAAUCGAAAUUCAAAUUGCACAGUGAAAGCUGUUUGCUAACAUCAAAGAAUCAUUAUGUAGCCAGAGUAUCAAUAGAUCAAGUGAAUGAACUGGAUAAUUCGACCAAUUUUCGCGACGCAAAAAAGAUUUUGUUAAGAAAUCUUAAAAUAGAGAAAGUAUUGCUGGAUGAUCAACUUCAGGAGAGUAAGGUGGCUGAAAAUAUUUUGCAAUCGUGUCUGCAAGAAAUAAGUAACGGAACACUACAAGAGCUUCAGCAUGCAGAAGAUCUCUUUCAAUUACAAACAAUUCUACAAAUUCCGAAAAAUUGUAAUAAUCGGAAUUUAUUGGAAGCAAUCAAUGCCAAUGGAUUUGUUUCUGAUCGACUCAAAUCAGCAAUACUUAUGCAUGUUGAAACGGAAAAAAAAUUGAACGCGAGAAACAAAUUUCUCAGUGCUUUUACUACCAUUUUUAAACGUUCAGAUCCAUCAAAAUUAUUCGACAUUAUCAGAGAUGCAGUAAGAAAAGGUGUAGCAUUCCACAAAAAAAAGCUACUUGAAAUUUGUCCCGCUGUAAUGAAAGCCAGUCUUACAAAACUAAACGACAAACAAAUUAUGUACGUGACCUCGUUUGAUUUGAAGCUGUUUUCCGAUAUGGACAAUGCAUUAGACAACAAUAUGUUCAAAUCUGUUCAACCCGUUUUGUCUACAAGAUUUUUAGAAAAAGUAAGAAGAAUUGACGAGGAUCAUUUACGGGAUGUGAUUCCGACGACAAGUCAAAUUUAUUUCUUCCUUUGUAAAAGUCUAUUCGAAGUUGCAGAGGAGGUAAAACUACUCGCAAAACAAGAUCCUCUUCUGACAUAUAGUCUCAACGAAUGGAAGUUAACUGAUUUAUCGAACUGGAUUCCUCAAUCUACAUUGGAAGUAUGCCUAUCGCAUCAAUUGAAAUUGCUUCUCAAUAUGACCAACCACUUUGAACCUGGAAAACCAACAGUCACCAAACGUUUUAAGUAUGAUUUCAAACUGUUUCAAAAUUUUGAAUCGUCUAUGGAGUUACAGAAAACUAUUAAACAAACUAACAAAGUGUUCAAGAACAUUUGGAUCAAUGAGGAAAGUGUUGCAUGCAUGCCAGAUGAAAUACACGUCUGGAUUUGUCUUCUGGAUCAUACAAUAGUACAUAUGUUUGAAAACGAUCCAGAUAACACAAACGUGUUCAAGUGUCUGUUUACAUUCUACAUGAACUUUGUAUCGUCAGAUGAUUUCAGAAUGGAAUCUUUAGAAUCCCUUCGUAUGAUUACUCACAACACACUUCGGUUUGUUGCCCAGACAGGGCCUUAUGUACACAAAGAAAGCAGUUUGGACAGCGACAUUUUACAGAAACAAGUUAGUUUCAUUAAUUUAGCAAUCCUCGAAAAUAGAAUGACCUUUAGCGAAUUCCGCGAUUUAAUUGAGGUGUUCACUGCUUAUUGGAAACAACGCAAAGAAGUUAUUUCCAGUAUUUCUAACAAGCUACCAGGAGCAUAUUUCAAGGAAGACGUUAAUGAAAUUCAAACACAGCUAUUGCAAUGCGUCAGUGUAGCACUGGAAAAGAAAGUGAAAUCCACUGAACUCAUCAGUUUCUGUCGAGUUUACGAUGAGCUAUUGAUUGAUCUUAAUGAUUUCCAAUUCGAAUGGUUUGUUAGGCUACCAACGUCUGUCAACAUAGAAGUCUUCACGUUGAGUAAAGUAGUCGAGCCUGUAGACAACAAAUGGAAGGACAAUGAAAUGCGAUGCUAUCAAGUCACGAAUUUCAAAAAAUUCACACAAUUAUAUGAGGUAUUGUGUGAUGAUGAGAAGGUGCCAACACAUUAUCUGAUCAAAGUUAUAAAAAUCUUCCUUAAUUUUAUCAACAACCUCACCGUCAAGAACAAAUGGAAUAGUGAAGAAACUCUAACAGAAUCGACUCAGUUAAACUCUGUAGUUCUUCUUAUAGCAUCAAUAAGGAGCUCUCUGAUGUACUUAAAGGAACAACCCGACUAUAUCUGUUUCGAUAGGUUUGUAAAGGAAAGCACAAAACCUUUCUCUACUGUGAUCAACGAAAGUAUAUCAUUUGCGGACUUUAGCAAGAGAGUACUACUGAUAAAAGAAUCCUUUUGGUACAUUCGCAACCUGAACGCAAUAGACAUAGAAACCGCUCUGAAGCUUUGCCAGCAAGAUAAUGAUAACUUCGAUGAAACAUUUCUAAAAGCCGAGUACAAUAGAUAUACACAACAGUUUGAAGAGUAUAUGGGAACACUCGUUGGGUGCUCACGGGAGGAAAAAAUUAAUCAUAUUGUUAGUGAUGUGCAAAAGACAGUGAAACCAAUGUUAACAUCCAAAUGGACAGGCGACUUUAGGCAACAUACACUACCAAGAAUAAUCGCUGGACUAGGAGCUGUGUGGGCCAUCGAAACAUCAAAAGAUGUUGCCAGUACCGGACAAUAUUUGAAGCCUCAUUGCAUUCAAAUUCUCUGCAUUUUAAGAUUAUUGAGUGCAGAUGAUGAUGAGUUAGGCGUCGAAAAACAUCUUGCUCAGGUACUGACUGGUCAAGGCAAAUCGUUGAUCCUAGGAUUAACCGCAGCGGUACUUGCCUUGUUUGGUCAUUCCGUUCAGAUAAUGUGUUAUAGUCGUUAUUUGGCUAGUAGAGAUGCUGAUGAUUUCAAUGGACUGUAUGAACGCUUCUCUGUUGAUAACAUGAUAUCCUACGAUACAUUUGGAGAUGUGGCGCAUGAACAACUUAGUAGAUCCACACGAAAUGCAAGAAACUAUAUUCUUCGGUGUUUGGGACUGUCAAAAAGUAGACCAUCUACUAAGUAUCAACCAAAUGCAGUCGACUUGAGCAAAUCCGUGCUGCUCAUAGAUGAAGUAGACGUGUUUUUCACUGAAAAAUUUUAUGGCAACACGUACAGCCAUGGCGUAUUUCCUAUGAUUCCUGGAUUGGCACUGAUACAAAUCAAAAUUUGGGAUCUUGCUACACAAGGGCAUUGGGAUCCUGGUUUUAUUCGACGCAAGAUAAAGGAAUACGAAAACUAUAUGGAUCAUCCUGAAAUUCAUCAGCUCAAAGAGUUUAUAAAUAGGACGGACACCUAUACACUUCUGAUGCCUUACGGUGAUGAGCUGAUGGAACAAUUAUAUACGAAUAAAAAGCUGUACUUGCACCAUCUGGAUCAAAUGAUUUCAACUGCAAUGGCUGUUUACCGUGGAACAGAAGAUGAUAGUUAUAUAAAUCGUUUUGCAAUGAAUGAGUAUGGAAUGAUAACCAUUAGAACCGAUUUGGGCGAAUAUACAACGGACACCUAUCUUGGUUACUACAACAUAUUCAACUAUUUCAGAUUAAAAUAUACCAAUUACACUCGCACUAUUGGUCGCAUAAACAAUUAUGGUUAUUUGAAUUUGCAAAUUGGUGGAAUAUCCUUCGCUAAACUACCUGAUAAUUUUCCGCUAAUAUUGGGUGUAACUGGUACAUUGACAACUCUCAACAAGUACGAAAAGAAAGCAGUGGAAGAACAUUAUGAGAUCCUUGAAACUUCAGUCAUGCCUUCGUUCUUCGGAUCUUCAAAUCUCAAGUUUGACAAAACGAAAAAUUUUGUGUGUCUACCAACCAAUAUCGAAUGGAUGAACCAAAUCCUCUCAAGGGCGCAUUGUAUGAUUUCAGCAAAACGAUCUGUAAUAGUUUUUUUCGAAAAUGAUUGUAAACUGAACAAGUUUUCUCAAGAGUAUUCUUUCCUGUUCGAUCGCAUCUAUGUGUUAACCGCCAAUACGACAGAUGAUGAUCUGGAACGCCACAUCAACGAUGCUGGUAUAGCAAGGACUAUUACCUUAGCAACUCGUGAUAUGGGACGUGGUGUGGAUUACAAAUCCAGCGUUUCGGUAGAGAGGAACGGAGGAAUUCAUGUAAUUCAGACUUUCUUUUCAUUGGAUGUGAAAGAAGAGACACAAAUCAAAGGCCGAACUGCUAGAAAGGAUAACCGUGGUAGUUAUGAAUUGAUUGUUUGUUUGGCAGAUUUGAAGCAUGUUGGGCUUGUUGAUGAAGAUGACGAAAGCAAUAGCGUCAGCUAUUUAGCAGUGGAAAAGUCUAGAACCAAGUUGGCAAACAAAGCAGGAGCUACGAAAGCGGCAGAUGUUCAACAAGCAGCAGAAGUUCAUAGGAAGACCAUUGACUUUUAUAGAAAUAUUCAGAAUUAAAUGUCUAAAAUAUUCCAAUCUGUUUUGUAUUACUAUAUGGAAAUAAAAUAAAAAAAAAUUAUUCAAUA